AUGGAUCUUCAGAAGUUUCUUAAUAUACAAAUUUAUCUAUAUUCAAAAAGUGACAGAAUGGAAAAGAGUGAUAUGAAAUUUAAAUAUCGCGAUGAGCUUGACAAACUUCAAUGGUUAGCUCAGACUUCGAGCUAUAGGUGUGGACAAUCGAACGAUUUGAAGUGCCCGGGAGCUUCUGACCAUUUUUGGAAUAUGUUUGAUAUUAAAAGAGAUAUAAAUGGAGCCGGAUCGAAAAAAAGACGGCGCCAAACUAUUGUCUGCGUGAACUGUAGACGCCGUAAGACAAAAUGCGAUAAAGGGAAGCCUUGUGGAGCUUGCAUCAAGCUAGGUAUUCAGGACACAUGCCGCUACGUGCCAGAAUUAGGCGCCCACUUAAGGCAAAAGGACUUACCCGAUCUGGCGGCGAUGGUCCCUCAUUAUGAAUCGACAUACAUCAAUUUAAGGCCUUUGGGAUUUCCUGUUUACCGCAAAAGGUCGGGAACGUGCUACGUUCCACCACUCACAGCUGGAGCAGCAGUUCAAAGAGAUAUAUAUCUCCGUGUGCUGCAAUCGGUGUGCAGUAUUCCGAGAAGCGCAAUCGACAAGGCUCAAAAACGAAAUGACGAAGCUGCAGCAGGAGAAUGUUCUAUAAUAUGCGCGAGUAACAAAGACCUGAAGCAUGAACCUACAGAUUCACCUAUCAAUAAUCUACCCAACUCCCUGCGACAUAUCGAAAAGUUGGAGUUAGAAGCAGUAGACCUAGAAGGUAGUCUUGCUUCCAAACACAAGCAAACCUGCAAACAUUUAUUCGAAAAAUUCGGCAUCUCGCGGAAAAAUCGCACUCGCUCUUGGGGUGGAGCAAAGCUUCCUCUCGAACUUAUGCCUGAAGCAGAUCUUUUUUUCCACCACGUUUGGCCGUUUUUCGUCGAAUACGUUUCGUCGUUAUGCCCUUUAUUCGAUCUUGAAGGUUUGAAAGCCAAGCUCGACAUUUUCUAUCGCAAAGACGAGCAGAAAAAGUACGGGGUGGACGAUUACGCCAGCUUCUGCAUACUCCUACUGAUAACACGCAUCGUUCAAAUUUCGAUCAAUCUCGCAAAACCCGCCGACAUUUCAACCUAUUCGAAAAUCAAAAACAUCGAAACAGAGCAUUAUAUCCCAGUAGUAAACCACUACAUUUUUCACGGUGAAAACGCUAGAAAAUGCUCCUUGCUCAGACUACAAAGCAUGCUGCUGCUGAGAUUUUAUCAAUGGUGUGCUCCCGAUGAUGGGGAUGGCGAGUGCUUGCAACAAAGCAGUAUGUUAAUGGGGAUGAUAGUAUCAGGAUCCUAUGGAAUUGGCAUUGGAUGGCAAUGUGUGACUCAGGCAGAGCUGUUUAUUUUGGACCGACCACCAUGGUGUUACUCAGAUUCAUCACAAACUUUCGAGGACAUAAAAGAAUACCAGAGGGUUUGGAGCGUCAUUUUACACUGGGACCGCAAGUUGAGUCUAUUGACAGGCUUACCUUGUUUAAUUAACACGACUAAGAGAAUUGAUAAAGAUAUGCAUAAUAACUUGCCCUCAGUUACCUUAAAACAUGAUUAUCUCUUGGAAAAGAUAGCGAGGACCAUAAGCAACAACACAGAAGAGGUUGAUUACGAUUCAAUUAAAAAGCUCUCCGAACAUCUCAGGCAAAUACUGCGAAACGAUGUCAUGGAAAACCGCUGGAGCCUGGUUCUGGAGUUCGAGAUGAAUAUUGUUCUUCUCCUCCUCGAGCUCUCUUUUAACCACGCCCGUGUUGUCAACUGCGAGACUACACAGUGCUUCGAGGAAUAUCAAGAUUGCAUGCAAGCUCUGGUGGAGAAAUUAAUACAAGUGGCUAACCUUUGCGAGCACUUGCUGGAGGACCAAGAAUAUUUAGCAUUUGCAAGAUUUUACACAAACAGGAUCGUCGAAUUGGCACUAAGAACUGUAGUCACGAUCAUACCAUCAGUCAUCUUGCGUUCCGGUAGAUCAGCAGAAGCUGGUUUGAAAACAACUCUUAUGAAAUUUUACAAAGCUGUACUCUCAGCCUAUUUCAAUAAUCUGGGCACCGAUUAUUACCAGGCUUUCAGACGGAUGUUUAGCUCGAAGAUUUUAUACAAGACCCUCAGUUCUUUGAACGAAAAGGAUCCAUUCGAGACUAUACUAGAAUACUUUACACAGACUACUGAGAAAGGUGAACAUAUGGCAGAACCCCGCUCAAUCGAAAUUCGGAGAUUUAGAGACCUAUAUGAUCAAAAAGGCGGAAAUACUAGACCUAGCGAAGUGUGGGAUGACAGUUUGGGCAUCAAUAAGAACUUCUUUUCGUUUGAAAUCGAUAUUGAAAACCUCAGCAAGUUCUUUCCAUUCACCAGUGAGCAGUCAGAAAACAAAUAUGACAUCUUCGCUUCAUUUUUCACCAAGGUCUCGACAGCAUUUCUCAAAAAGGUCAAAACUUUACCAUCUGCGAGCUUGCCCGACUCGCCUCAUAAUAUUCUCGAUAACUUUGACUAUCGUUUGCUUGAUUUUGGUGAAAACAAUCCAUACGACCCUUUGAUGUUCCUAAGUUUUUUUGAGCCUACAGGAUAA